AUGCAACAAGCAAUAGGGGGCAUGCAGAAUUGGUUUCCUCAAUCUGGCAUUGGCCAAGGUGGACCAUGCAUGGGAUCCCUCGGCGGUCCUAUCCUGCCACACCUCCUCCCACCCCAGCAGCCUAAUUUCUUCUCACCUCAACAACCUUCAUACAUCGGUAUACCCGGCACCGUGAAUAUGGGUGGUCAGGGUCUGCUAUAUGGACUUGGGCCGCAGCAGCAGAUGCCGUAUCUGCCACAGGUUAUGCCCGGUGGGCAAUUCAUUCAGCUCCAACCUGGACAGCCAGGGUCUGUUGGUCCACAGGGGCCGCAGGGGUCACCAGGGGCACAAGGACAAACAGGGCCAACAGGACCAGCAGGACCAGCAGGACCGGGAGGCCCAUCGGGACCUCAAGGGAAGCAAGGCGAUCAGGGUCCUAAGGGUUCUCCUGGCGCCGAUGGAAAACAGGGCCUUGCCGGGCUCCCUUGCACUUCAGGGUGUGAGAAACCAGGUUCAGGAACAGAUAGUGGAAAUGAUCAAAACCCAGACCCUGGGGGGAUCGCCAAAGGAAAUAGUGCAACGUUUCAGGAGACUGUGCCUCCUGCGACUGGGAACGGAAUUGCCGAUGGGAAUGGUGCAAAUUUCGAUGAAGAUGUACCCAACACCACUGUCCAAAAUGGAAUUGCCAAUAGCGAGGAGGCAGCACUUCAGGAUUCUAUCCCGGCGGUUGUAGGUACCGGAAUUGCCAGUGGGGAUGAUGCAAAGUAUGAUGACGAUGUGCCUAAGCCUAGUGACCAGGGAGGUAUUGCCAAAGGGGAGGGUGCAAGCCUCGAGGAUACUCUGCCUAAGCCAGUGGUCGAUUGA